CGACCGAUGAGCGACUGGCCCAGGAAACGGACAGCAAACGGGAUCGACGCGACUCGCCCAGUUCGAAUCGGUACGCGCCGCAGAGCGAAAGUGCGAUGGCCAAAGGGAAAAGCAGACGCCGCAACUAUCAGCAACAGCAGCACCAUCUGCAACAGCCGCCACCAUCGCAGCAGGCGCAACACCCAGUGACGGAAAAUCAGCUAAAGACCUCGACGGUGCUCGGUGAUUCCAGUGCGAAAGUGACCGUCAUCGUCGAGCAGACGCUUGGGGGCGACGUCAAGGUUAAGGAGGGGCCCAUCGGACCUUGUGACGUCAUCGGCCAUGACGUUUCCCUGAAGGAUGGCACUCACCGCGCACGCGAACGAUCACCGAUCGGGUUCUUAGCCGAGACACAAACCGUCGGAAACGGCGCAGUCUCACCACCAAACCACCACCACGAUCACGACAUCACCAACACCGACGCAAGCCGUGCGCGGGAGGAGUUAUUAAAUAUCAAAAAUAUCUCGCCCACCAACGCGCGUGUGUGUGCGACGGUCGAGGGCGAUGAUCCGGCGCGGCCGGUCCCGGGCCGCUCGGGUGAGCUCGUGAGCGCCAGUAGUGCCGUGUCGUCCGCCGUGCCGUUAGUGAAUGGCCCAGCGCCACCGGUGGCCACCGUCCGUAACAGCAGUUCCGUAGCCGUAGUCGGCGAGAAAGCAGCAGCAGUCCCGGAAAUGGGCCAACAGCCAAGCCGCAGCACAACAGCACCAUCAGGCACUGACCAAGGGCCACGGUCGCGUUCAUCGUCGAAAUCGGUGUCCCCGCCACCUCCUCCGCUGCCACCGCCACGUGGCCUACGUGUGUCGCACCCGUUGGCCGGUUACGCCAGCCCCGACGACGGUCCCGAUGCUCCUGGGGACGAUACUAGUGACGAUCGCGAUGUCUUCUACGAGACCACGGAAACCCUGUCCCCGGGGCUCGACGCCUUGGGGAAAGCGGUGCCCUCCCCUCCAUCCCUUCCGGCCUCCCCGGAACCGAUCCGGGCCAGUUUGGUGCUCAAAAUUAGCGAGUCCACCGUCGGCCCGGAACCCGCUGCCCUCAACGGGCCGUCGGUCGGUGAUGGGCGCAAAAAGCAGGUUAGCUUCCGGUUGACGCAGAACGGUAGUGACGACGUGGAGGUGACGAGCGCGACACACGACAGUGACAGUGACGACCGGGAAUCGGGCGUGAGUAACAGUGACAGUGAACCGCAACCGCAUGACGACAGUGACGCGUGUGAUCGAUCAUUAUUGGUCCAGAAUGGGCCUUCGAGGUACCGAGCUGGUGAUGGCCAGCGGCGGAAUGCAUUUAGUGAUAAGCGUGACUACAUCGAGUUUCAAUACGACAACAGUGUGCCGUCGCCGGAUCCCGCCGGAGGGCGCUCCGACAAGAAGGAUGCGCAGAAGGACAUGCCGGAGUCGACGAUUGUGGCGCUCAUCGAGGACAGUGUCCUGCCCAGCCUGCCGGAUGUGGUGCGACCGACCAGCAUCGAGCCACCCUUCGGUACCGUUGAGAAGAUCAACAGUGACAUGAAGGAUCUGGUCAACCAGGAGUCUCGGUACAGUGCGAAGCUUAAUGAGUCCGAAAAAUGGGCCAACGAUGCGAACGGCAAGGUGUACGAAUUGCAGCAGAAACUGGAUGCAGUGGAGCGCGAUGCAUCCGUCAAGGAGUACAACGUUGAGCGUUUGCGAGCCGAGCUGGAGGCCACCCUGAGGGAGUGCGAAGGCAUACGGGCCCGGUUGCGUACGCAGGAAGCGGAGAUGGAAGCGAUAAGACUGAGGUCCUCCGAGCGGGAAGAUGAGCUGAAUCUCAAGUAUCAAAAUUUAGAAAUAGAGCACCUAGAGUUAAACGAGAAACUGAAGGAGGUACGCCAGCUGGCCCACGAUCUAAACAGCCAGCUGAUCGACGCAAAGACGGAAGUGGACAAGCUGAAGGAUGAGCGCCAAAAGCUGCUGGAUGCCCGGGCCGAGGAGCAGAAGAUUAUGCGUGAGGCUCUGGAGGAAUCGGUACAGCAGCGCGCUCUGGUGGAGGCCAAGUGGAAGCACGACUUUGAGCAGUUGCGCAACGUGAACAACGACCGCGAGGAGCACCUGAUGCAAGACUGUGAGUUCACCAUCCGGAACAUGCAGAAAACGUGCAAGGAGCGGAUGGAAACGGUCGAGAAGGAACGGAAGCAAGCACUGGACAAGGUUAACCGGCUCGAGGAAGUCGCACGGAAGCAGAUCAAAGAAGUGAACCAGCUAAAGUCGUACGAGGCCGAAGUGGAACAGUUGCGAGGUCUAACGUACGAUCAGAAGGAAGCACUCGCGACGAUGACCCGCCAGGUGGAGGAUCUGAAGGGAAAGCUACAAACGGCGAACGACAAACUCGAGGAGGAAAUGGUGAAGGUGCAACAGAUUAAGAACCGUUGCGAGUACCAACUGUGCGAAAAGGAGCGCGAGGCUCUGAACCGAAUAGAGAUUGCUCGCGGUGAGAUCGCAAUGCAGUGGGAAGAUCGCCUGUUGCGCGAGAUGAAUCGCCUAAAGCUGGAACUGGAGCAGAUGCACAUGGAGGAGCGCAACUCGGCCAUCGAGAAGAUUCAGCGUGAAACGAUGGCCGAAACGGAAGCCAUGAGCCAACGGUUCAACGAGCGCGAGAAGCAGUUGAAGGAUGAGAUAAAGUCGCUUAAAUCGAAAAUCGAGCAGCAAAACACCGCCAUGUCGAAUGCCCAGUCCGACGCGGACCAGAAGUUACUCCAAUCGCGGAAGUACGUGGAACGCGCCGAGCGCGAACACGAACAGAUGCUGGCCAAACAGAUAUCGGAGAAGGAUGAAAUCAUCGAAACCCUCAAGCGUCAGUUCGAACAGGAGAAGCAAGAUCUGGAGAAACACUUCGGCGCCCGGAUUCAGCAGGUACAGGAGGAGUUUGCGCGGGAAAUUUCCGACGCGACCGAGAUUAUGAAAAGCACACACAAAAAGGAACUAGAGUCACAAUGGAAAAUGCUCAUUGCCGAGAAGGAAGAAGCGCUGCAGCUGAUGGAAAGUCGAAAUCGGAACAAAUUGGACGAUGCUGAGAACAAUAUCAGAGAACUCACGACCAGCCAUCAGCGGCAGCUCAAGGACCUGCACGAGGAGCACGGUUACGUCGUGCGCAGUCUGGAGUCGCGGGACACGAAGAACUCGCAAGAGAUCGCAACGUUGCACAAAAAGUGCCGCUGUCUAACGAAUCUUUUCGAAGAGAUGCGUCUGCGCUACGAACGACGGGACCCGCGGCCGGAAGAUUUGCGAGAGAUUGAGGAACUGAAGAACGUAAUCGACUCUCAGGAUCGUGAUUUGCGCAUGCUCACCGAAAGCCUCCGGGAGCUGCAGCUUCAGCAGAUGGAACAGCAGCAACAGCCACCGCCUCCACCGCGUCGCCCGAAGGCCAACCGCGGGAAGCAGGGCAAACAGCAGCAACCCGCUGGCAAUCAGGGUGGCAAGCAACAAAAAAAGUCUCGUCCACCGUUCCCCGAGCCAGAGGCGCUGCAGCAACAGGAGGAGCUGUCGGAAGAACCGCUUGCCGAUGAGUACAUGAUGGUGAACGGUGAAGAAUACAUGCAGCAGGACCCACAGGUGAUCCUAGUGCCACCGUGCCAGAUGAUACCUCCCAUGGUACGAUCAACGUGCCACGUGAUCUACGAAGAAAACGAAGCCGAUAUCAUGCGCGAAGAGGAGGAGGCGCAACUUUCACAGGAACUGCAUAGACAAGCGGAAGACGAUGCAGAGGACUAUGACGACGACGUUUUCGAACCGCCUACGAAUAAGUUGACCGAAGCAGAUAGAAACCUUUCGCAAGACGUGACGAUAGUAGAUGUUCCCGAAUCAGCAAUCCACACCGAAGUCCGAGCAGUGCACUCAACUGCGCCCACUAUUAUCGAAGAAGUGGAAGACGAAACCAUGCCACUCAAGUCCACGGUGAUUCUUCCUGUAGUUGAGAACGUGCCCACAACGACCCCAUCCCGUUCUCGGGAAUCCUCAGCACCGCGUAUCGUCGUGACGGACGAGUGUGAGAGGGUCAAAGUGAGUGAACCGACGACGGUGGUAGAAAUCCUAGAGGAUGAUCAGUCCACGGCCGCGGUUAUUGAGCUGCCCGCCGUUUACGCCAAGCCCUACCCUGCUGCGGCGGAUCUAGAGUCAGUCGGUGACACGAUCCAGACGAACCUUCCGGCACCGGAAAUAACGGUUGUGCGUCUUCCGGACGGUGCAGCAGCUCAAGUGACGGGUUCUUCGUGAGCACUCUGCAUUCUCUGUUGAUUGAAUCGAAGCCUCUACCCUGUACUGUAUUACUACUGUCUGAUGAUAGAAACUUAUUUUACGUUUUGUGAGGGUCAGCACAGCGCGAGAAACACACUCCAUUACCAUCUCCGCCUAGCGCGCGCACGUUUGAUGGCGUUCGUUUCGGAACGCUGGGCACACCAGUGAGCGGCGGAUAUCGGUAUUGAUAUCUUCCCGCUACGCCCAUCGGCACUCAUGUAGGACUCGAUCCUUAAACUUUUGUCUUUGAAGAUGGCCUUUUUCUUGCCUUCCCAUACUGUAAAUAUAUUGCUAGAUUGCGUCUGCAAUUUUAUGUGUCUCCUUUGGGACCAUGUGGAGGAUACUACAAUUAAUCGAUCGAUGAUUAUAGAUUAAAUAAACGAACGGUCAUAAA